AUGAGUAAUACUUCUUCUUACGAGAAGAACAAUCCAGAAAAUCUUAAGCACAAUGGCAUCACCAUAGAUUCCGAGUUCCUGACUCAGGAACCAAUAACCAUCCCUUCGAAUGGGUCCGCUACUACCAAUGAUGAGGCGGGUUCAGGCUCUAAGUGGCAGGAUUUCAAGGAUUCCUUUAGGAGGGUAGAACCUGUCGAAGUUGAUCCUAAUCUUACAGAGGCGGAAAAGGUGGCUUUUGUCACUGCGCAAACUCCACUAAAGCACCAUUUGAAAAAUAGACAUUUGCAAAUGAUUGCCAUUGGUGGUGCUAUUGGUACUGGUCUGCUGGUUGGGUCAGGUACCGCGCUAAGAACAGGUGGUCCCGCUUCGCUACUGAUCGGUUGGGGGUCUACGGGUACUAUGAUUUACUCUAUGGUUAUGGCUCUGGGUGAGCUGGCUGUGAUUUUCCCCAUUUCCGGUGGGUUCACUACGUACGCUACCAGAUUUAUUGAUGAGUCCUUUGGUUACGCUAACAACUUUAAUUAUAUGUUGCAAUGGCUGGUUGUGCUACCUUUGGAAAUUGUCUCUGCAUCCAUUACUGUGAAUUUCUGGGGCACAGAUCCAAAGUAUAGAGAUGGGUUUGUAGCAUUAUUUUGGCUUGUGAUUGUCAUUAUUAAUAUGUUCGGUGUGAAAGGUUAUGGUGAGGCAGAAUUUGUCUUUUCGUUCAUCAAGGUCAUCACUGUCGUCGGGUUCAUUAUCCUGGGUAUCAUCUUGAAUUGUGGUGGUGGGCCAGAGGGUGGCUACAUUGGUGGUAAGUACUGGCAUGAUCCUGGUGCCUUUGCUGGUGACACCCCCGGUGCCAAAUUUAAAGGUCUUUGUUCCGUUUUCGUUACCUCCGCCUUUUCUUUUGCCGGUUCCGAAUUGGUUGGUCUUGCAGCCAGUGAAUCUGUGGAUCCAAGAAAGUCCGUUCCUAAGGCUGCUAAGCAAGUGUUUUGGAGAAUCACACUAUUUUACAUUCUGUCGCUGUUGAUGGUUGGUCUUUUGGUGCCAUACAAUGACCCAAAUUUGAUCGGUGCCUCAUCUGUGGAUGCGGCCGCUUCUCCCUUCGUCAUUGCUAUCAAGACCCACGGUAUCAAGGGUUUGCCAACUGUUGUUAACGUGGUUAUCUUGAUUGCUGUGUUGUCUGUUGGUAACUCUGCCAUUUAUGCCUGUUCCAGAACGAUGGUCGCUCUUGCUGAGCAGAGAUUUCUGCCACAAAUAUUCGCCUACGUGGACCGUAAGGGUAGACCUUUGGUCGGGAUUGCCGUUACUUCUGCAUUCGGUCUCAUUGCAUUUGUCGCUGCCUCCAAAAAGGAAGGUGAUGUCUUCAACUGGUUGCUGGCCUUAUCCGGUUUAUCAUCUCUUUUCACAUGGGGUGGUAUCUGUAUUUGUCACAUCCGUUUCAGAAAGGCAUUGACUGCUCAAGGUAGAGACUUGGAUGAAUUAUCGUUCAAAUCCCCCACCGGUGUUUGGGGGUCCUACUGGGGGCUGUUUAUGGUCGUUAUCAUGUUCAUUGCGCAAUUCUACGUUGCACUAUUCCCCGUGGGUGCUUCUCCAAGUGCAGAGGGUUUCUUCGAAGCUUACCUGUCCUUCCCACUUGUCGUGGCCAUGUAUCUCGGACACAAGAUUUACAAGAGAAACUGGAAGUUGUUCAUCCCAGCUGAAGAUAUGGAUAUCGAUACUGGUAGAAGAGAAGUUGACUUGGAGUUACUAAAACAAGAAAUUGCAGAAGAAAAGGCAAUAAUGGCCACCAAGCCAAAAUGGUACAGAAUCUGGAAUUUCUGGUGUUGA